AUGGUCCAGGUGGGUACGUUCUUGGGCAUAUGGGAGUCGACAAGUUCAAUGUUAUUGGACGAAUUUGAUGGAUUGGUCACAUUGCCUAAAAGUUUGUUCCACGUGUUCAACGACGCGUUCGACGACCCUGCGUUUCCUGCCGAGGACCAUCCGUCUUUCGCACUUGAGCAGAUAUAUUGCACUCCCCGCGUUUAUGGACACCCCGAUGUGUCUACGCGGUAUUGUUGGCUGCAGCGUUUCGACAAUUUGGACUUUGGUCUCCAUGAGUUGCUGCUGCAUACGUGCAAACAACUACAGGUCUUCAACGCAUAUUCACCGCCGCGGUCCUACGUCGUCUCCUUUCCGAGGCUGGGCAAUCAGCUUCUGCGGGUCCUAGCUGCAGAGGAACACUACGACGGGCUGCUGCUCGACUUGGUCAACGAUAACGUAGCCCCGACAGACCUACCGCACUCAUACCCAAUCGUCAAACGACUCUACCAAACAAUCAGCCAAGGCCCAGUGGACCUGAAACAACUACUUAGUCUCCUGACGUCCCUACAAGACGACUUACUCACAGCACAAACAUCGGGUCAGACCCCCAGUCAGACACCGGGUCAAACGCCCGGACAUACAUCAGGUCAUAUCCCCGGUCAGAUCGGGCCGGGAAGUGCUGAGGACAGCGACAACAACAAAGGCCAGCUGAUCUGCCAAAUCUUAGAAGAGAUACGGGCACUCGCCUUAACAAUUAACGCCAUCGUGAGAAUGGAAACCACGGAUACAACGGAACACAAACACGGCCACGUGUCGCCUCAGCAAAUAAGAUCCUGUGAGUGUCUGGUGGGUCGCGACGCUACGUCCCUGGACCCCUGCGUGGACGACAGAGUCAUCCGCUCUUUCGAGCUAAGGGCGGCCAAUACGACCAUCAACACGACCAUCAACAUCGGAAGGAAGGAGGAGUCACGGAGGGACGGGUCUCAAGAGGAAGACGGGGCUCGAAAGGAACGGGGGUCUCGAAGGGAAGACGAGUCUCGAAAGGAAGACGAGUCUCAAGAGGAAGACGGGUCUCGAAAGGAAGGCGGGUCUCGAAAGGAAGACGUGUGUCGGAAAGAAGGGGAGUGUCACCGAGUAGGUGACUACUUGGCCGAUGGCGGGGACGAGGAGUUUUCGGCGGGUGGUCCGUGUCCUGGAGUGGGUGUGAAGUUUAUGUUAUUUGGUGCAUUACCGCCGAGCAUUGUACCGGACCGUUGGUUGCUUUGGUUCCAGCUGCCGGUAGAGCUCGGACUGACGGUCAGUCCGUUGCUGGGUGUGGGCGGCGUGCACGUUGCGAGUGCGUUGGUGGACCGGGGUUCUCAGGCGCCUGUAGCGGACCGCGAUGGUAGCUGGACUCGACAAGAUUCUCGUGCGUCUCUCUUAUUUUAUGUGGAGAUCGAUGUGGAGUUCUUUAGCAAGGUGGUAAACCAUCAUGAAAUUCAUUCAUCCCUCAUGCUGGCUCAGCUUUGUUCGCCACACGUGCUGGUAGUGUUCCAGCGCUGGGGAGUCAGCCACGACUGUCGUGAGCUCACUAGCGCGCUGCAGGCACUUGGCUUCGCCACCGAGCUCAGACUCCGACCUGUCCUCAACUUCGAAGUUCUCAAACGCGAAGUCUUCCGAAGAAGCCUCGGCGUCUCCUUCAUUAUUUACGUGCGCCAAAACAGGUCACAUGGCAGGCCCCAUACACAAGGAGGUUCCACACAAGGCUCGCAACUCAGUUACAAAGUCGAUGUUGUCGGCAUGCCCGGUGGCAUGUUCACGCAUUCCACACAGUACAGAAGUCAGAGUGAAGUAAUUGCUUUUGUCCUCGGACACUCGUCACGCACCAAGUCUCUGCUGAAGAGCAGCAUUCUCAAACGGGCCAGCCACAGGCACACCCUCUCUUAG